UCUCAAUUAACAUUGGCAUCAUUUUCAAACUUACAAUAACAUAAGUAAAUUGAAUUUGUUACAGUUGAUUGUGUUUGUUAAUGAAGUUUCAACAUGUUAUUUUCACUGCUGAACGAAAGAAACAAAAUGCUGUUUAUAUUAUCAAAUGUAGUCAUUUUACUUUCAACAAUUAAAACAGAAAGUGCUACAGAUUUGGUGGUUUUACCGUUAAGCAUACCUAGCAAAAGCGCUAACAUUCACGCUACUUUAAGUGAUUCCAAUGGAGCCAACAAGUAUUUCAUCCAAGAAUCAAUAUCCGCUUCUGAUACAAACAUCAAAGGCAAAAUCGUGAUCUCAGGUGAAAAGGAUUCAUACAACGUCUAUUAUAAUACUGAUUCUGAUUUCAACAAGGACCGCUUGGUUAUUCAUGGUACGAAUUGUUUAGCAUUCGCUUUCAAGAAUAAUUGGGAUGAAACUCUACCAGGAAUCAAGAAACCUGUGACUAAUCUGGUACUCUUAAUGGGACCUUCAAUUUUGUAUCGAUUUGAUCAUUCCUCACUUGUUUGGAAAUCAGUUGCACAUAAAAACAUAAGAGGAACCAUGAUGAAAGGGGCGACAACUGACAUAAAUGGAAGAUUGAAAAUCACUUAUUAUUACAAAAAGCAUUAUGCAGACGAUUCCGGAAUUAAACACCCAAGUCGAAUUGAGUUCAGUGGUUAUGAUCCAUAUUCAACUUCAUACAGUAACAACGAGAAUCUUAUUCUUGACAUUUACCUUCAAAAUGAGAACGAUUAUGAUGAACUUGCGAAUGAAGUCCAACCUUUACCUGGAAUUGGGUGUCCGUAUUACUUGUCCACAGAUGGGCCUUCAUUCCCUCAAAUGAAAACUGAUUAUGUACAUUACACUAUGUACGAGUACAUUCAAGGUUCAACUACUACUCAAACAUUCAGUGAGAUUCAUGCAUCACGAAAGUUCUACUUAUUGCGACUAAAAGCAACUCUUCUUGGUGUAACAACUGAAGCUAUUUAUGAUUACAACCUUGGCGUCUCUUACCUCUUUGAAGAGUAUGGAGGAUGCAGAACAUUACCUUUAGAUUUAAAUGCACCUGGAAUCAGUUAUUACACUAACUUCAAUCUGCUAACUCUUCUCCUCAUUGAUUCUCCUUACAAAUAUCUCGGAAAGCUAAACUUGGAACAUCGAUCUGGAUUUCCAGUAGACGCAUGGGAAACAAUCAGAUAUGAUAUUAAUAUCAAUGGGAGAAAGGCCGAUAAAGCUGUCAUCACUCAAUAUUUUGCUGAAUCGCAUGACAGCGAAAUAUUUGUUGGUUAUACACUCGUCAGUACCACAAUUGCCAUCUAUCAAUUGGAUCCAUCGAAAAAGACUUACACAUUGACGGAUGGAAUUACAAGAGAUUUCAUCAACUUUGAACAGGCUGGAUCUGAAGAUGAACUUCAUGAUAUUUUUUCAUUAAAAGAUUGUAAAUACUUGACCAGUGAUAAAACAUUGACCCUCGCCUUCAAAUUACAACGUGAAGGUGACAAUCGUUCUUCACAAAAACUAACGACAAGUCAACUUUACGCGUUGAAACAAAGGUUCAUGUCUUCCAUUAUUUCAUCCGAAAAUAUCAGCCCACUUCGAGUGGAUAAUCUUCAAUAUAAUUUCAAUGACGCACAACUUGAAAUAGAAGUGACAAUCCUGGAUUCACCUAAUUUGCAAUAUAUUUUCAACUCUCUAACUAUGUCUGUUAGUGCAGAUACAUUUAAAAAGAUGAAAAAGGUCCAAGCAAGCACUGAAUUUGAAUGUCUGGACAAAUUAUCAAAAUCUCAAGAUACAAUCACUGUAGUAAUUUAUAGACCAUCAGAUUUUUCUUGUGGAUAUUUGACAAAUUUUGAUGAUCUCAAGGAAGAUGCAGAAAUAGGAGAACCAUGCAGCAUCUAUCACUUUCCUUUACAUAAUUUGCAUCGCAUUGAUCAAGAAAUACCACUCGAUCAAAUUCAAAAUACUUUUUUGAAAAACGUAGGAAAACUUUACCCUAUGAAUAGUGAAUAUAAUGCUCAAUCUUAUAGAUUAAUUGAUGUUAUCGAUAAAACGAAAAACCACGGAACCUCGGCUGAUGACUUACAAUCCAAAAUAAGAUCUGAUGCAAAAUUAAAUGGAAAUGAUCAAGCUACUGUGACUGUACCAGAUGUAAAAACUUUAGCUGGUUGUUAUCGAACCUGUCAUAAUUCAGAGCAACUUAAAUGCAAUACCUUCUCAUUCUGUUCAAAUGGUGACUGUAGAGUCAGCAGCUUAUUAACUGAAGACUCUUUUAAUGAAUCGCACGUUGAACAAGACAAAACAUGUUCUAUUUACGCUUUAAAUGUUAUCAAUGAUUACUUAAAAGUACCUCAAAGGAAAUUGAAAACACAGACUUCAAUCGCAGUCGACAAAAGUAUUUACUCUUGUGCAGAAUCUUGUCAUGCUUCACCUGAUUGUUUUUCAUUCCAAUAUUGCAAUUAUCAUUGCAGUUUUGGUGGUGUUUAUUCAGAUGCAGCUACUGAAUAUGAUGGAGAGUGUAGCGUAUUUCUUCCCAAAGUAUCUGAAAAGUACCAAAAGACUGGCAACAAAAUCGUAUCAGAUGUGCUUUACACUGAAAUUAAUUUAAAUUUUGAACAAUGUGCAUCAUUAUGCCAUGGAUGGUCCGAUGGUGACACUGAGUGUAAAUCAUUUAAUUAUUGUCCUAAAAGUAAAACAGAAAGUUCUUGUUCAUUAACUCAAUUUUCAGUUAAAAGUUCAAAUACAAAGACAACUGAAGGAAGUGAUUGUUCAAAUUACGAGUUGAAAGUGGAAUCAAAUGGAAAGAAAAAAAAAGAAUCAAGCUCAACAGCUCAAGGGACCAGUGGAUCAGGUGCCUUCGGAAUAAUUAUGCUGUUCUUGUUUGUCGGUGCUUUAUUGGGAUUCGCUGCACCAUUUGGUUAUACAAAAGUUAAAAAAAUACGUAAUGUUUCAGAAGCUGAGGAAAAUUUCACUUGGACAAAACAAGUAGACGAACAUGCUGAGAAUAUCAAUUGAAUCUCAAGAUCUCAGGACAUGAAAUUGUUAAUCAAUCGCUGCAAAUCUUCGUACAUCUUGUUAUAAUAACGAAAAAAAAUUAUCAUGUUCACAAAAUGCAACAAAAGCAAGAGAAUUCGAUUAAGUCGUUUUAAAAAACUUGCGAGCCACUCUGAUAAUUUGCCAAAACAUGGUGAUAAAAUCAAUUCAUUAGAGUUGCAAUAAGCUCUCGUGAUGUUUUUUUCAAUUAGUAAUUUUCCCAAAAAUUAUUUGUGUUAAAAUACAUUUUUGUAUUUUUAAAGCAAAUCUUUAUUUUGAUUCUCGGAUGGUAUUCCGUUGCGCACCAAUCACCAUAAUCUCAUCAUAACCCAGUUAGUCCAUAAUUGUAUUCAGACGAUGAGCAAGUCUUACAAUUGUUCGAGAGCGAUUCCCUUCAUUUUCUUUCUUGAGUUGUAUAUUAUAGCCAUUACAUUGCUUCCAUUCCGAUGCUAAUUCGGGGUUGGACGAGAUCAAAAUAAAAGAUAGUAGUACAGAAAUAAGAUAGAGAUAUGCAAUCAUUUAUUCAGAAAUUAACACUUUUUUCAGAUUAAGUAACGUACAUGUAUAUUACUCAUGAUUUCGCUGUACUCAUACUAAAGUUAUUAUAUUAUUGUUUAAA